AUGAAUGGUCAAAAGGUGCCAUCUGAUCCAGGGCAGAAUGUAUACCUUCAUGCGGUGGUCGAUUUGGGCAGUAAUGGAAUCCGUUGUUCGAUCUCAGACCUCUCACCCCCAACCACCCGUAUCAUCCCUACUGUACACUUUCAUCGGGUCAACGUCUCGCUCUACGAGGCUCAGAUGGACCCCGACUCAGGCAACCGAAUCCCCAUUCCACAGCAUGUCAUCGACCGAAUCGUCAGUGCUAUAGUUCGUUUUCAGAUUGUCUGCGUGGAGAUUGGAGUUCCUGCUCAGAACAUUCGGAUCAUCGCCACGGAAGCAACUCGAACUGCUAUCAAUGCUUCUGCGUUCAUCGACGCCAUUCACCACAAAACCGGGAUUUCGGUGGAGGCAUUACGAAAGGAGGAGGAGGGAAUCGUCGGAGCAUGGGGUAUUGCCAGCAGCUUUUCAGACGUGGAGGGACUCGCCCUUGAUUUGGGGGGCGGGAGCAUGCAGAUGACUUGGAUCACGUCACAUGCGGGCAAUGUGCAUAUGAGUUCCCGGGGAUCAGUCAGCUUUCCCUACGGAGCAGCUGCAUUGACCCAGAAACUGGCAAACCUCAAACGGGGCAAAAAUAAAGAGGAAGCGCACAAAGCUCAGGAGCAAUUCCGCGAGGAGAUGGCAGGCAACUUUCGCGCUGCUUUUGAUACCAUCAAUGUUCCUGAACACCUCGUCCAAAGGGCCCGGGAGCAAGGGGGCUUUCCUCUCUACCUCUCCGGGGGAGGAUUUCGGGGAUGGGGCUAUCUUCUGUUGUACCUGCACCAGACAAAAGGCCAAAGUUACCCGAUUUCGAUUAUUAACGGGUAUUCCGCACCUAAGAAAGACUUCGAGGACACCGAAGCUCUCAAAGAGGUGGCUCGGACGGCACACGAAAUCUUCCGGGUCUCCGACCGGCGUCGCAAGCAAGUGCCCUCGGUGGCGUUCUUAGUCAAUACCCUGGCUGAAUCGUUACCACAUGGAAUCAAAGAGGCUCAUUUCUGCCAAGGUGGAGUACGGGAAGGAGUGCUGUUCCGUGAGAUGCUCCCAGUUAUCCGCCAGCAGGAUCCCUUGGAGGUUGCCACGGCUCGUUAUGCACCCUCGUCGGCUGAGGCGCUGGCCGCUUUAUUGUUGGCGGCCCUCCCUCGACCAUCCGCCAGCCGAUCGUUCCCGUCUUCCAUCACUCUUCACCUUAUCCAGGCUUUUGCCAAUGCCCUCUAUUAUCACGCCACAAUGUCCAAAGAACUCUCUUCUAGUGCCGCACUUUAUAGCACUAGCACCGGGAUCCUAGCCUCCACGCAUGGUAUUCCACAUGCCCACCGUGCGCUUUUGGCACUGAUGCUCCAGGAGCGUUACGGUGGAGAAUUGCCACCAAGAGACAUGGAUUUGAAGACUCACCUUCAGGGAAUUUUGACACCGGAGGAGGUUUGGUGGACCCGUUACCUCGGAAAAGUCGGUCUCGUCCUAAGCCAGCUGUACCCAACCGGGUCUAUCGACACCUCCAAGCCUCGGAUUAUUCCCUCGGCACAAUGGAAGGGUUUAGGGAAGAAUGGCGAGAAAGAAGGCCUGGACUUGACAAUUGCCAUUCAGGAAGUUGCAUAUGACCCGUCUCACUUGAAAGAAGAGCUCGAAAAUGACGUGCAGAAAAUCCAAAAGGUCGGAAAGCGGAAGAAUUGGAUUGGUGGACGAAAUGGCUGGGGCAUCAAAGUGCGUGUCUCGGUCGUAGAAGAAGAUUUAUUGGCCCGGUGA